AUGGUGGAGAAUGGGGAACACCUGACUCGAUUGGAGAAGCUGAUCACCCUGUUGGAGGCGAAGAACCCGAUUGUACGUCAACAGGCGGUCGAACAACUGGGAAAUGUGUGUGACAGCGACAGCAGGUCAUUGGGUGCUCUACUGGACAAGUUAAGGACGUACUUGUUCAGCACUAAUUGGGAUACGAGAGUGGCAUGCGCAAGGGCGAUUCGAGAGAUUUGUCAAAAUUUGAAAAUUCACCCUGUUGAGAAGUUCAGUCUCGAGACACUGUUGAACUGUGGUACGUUCUUACUGUCCUCGGAUGGCAGCGAAUUUGACAUUGCCGUUGUGGAUAAGGAAAAACAGUGGAAACUGAUCAACAAAGAACUCGGCUUGAGCUCAAACAUGGGGUUGACCUGCCGAGAUUUGGUGUCGGACGGUGACCUUGAAGUCCAGUAUAAUGAGGAUCAGACAACUGGCAGUGGCGACGACGACGAGGCAUCGUCGAAAUCAGCAGUCUCUGGAACUAAACGUUGCCGGUUCUUUUCCGAAGAGUUAGAGUUUGAAGUCGCUUCUGUGGAUGGUAGCGACGAAACUCGACGAGAUGUAGAAACACUUCAACGCUUUCUGCUUCAACUGUGUCGCGAAUUGUAUGAUCCGAAGUGGACAAAGCGCCAUGGCGUCGUACUGGGCAUCAAGGAAUGCGUCACAUGUGCACUGUGCUCAAAGAAGACGUUUUUGAAGAACGACAUGUUCCUUCUGAAACACCUGUUUUGUAUGUUAGCGUUGGACCGCUUCCACGACUUCGUCGGCAAUCACGUGGUGGCUCCAAUUCGGGAAACAGCCGCACAGGUCAUCUGUAUAUUGAACAACGUCUCGCCGGUCACCAUUCAGCUAUUCGUUCGAUCGGUAGUCUUACAGUUUCUGUCAUCACCCUGUUGGGAAUGUCGCCACGAUGCACUCCUGAUCGUCAAGUACAUAUUCGCGUCAGAUCAUGCCCGAUCGGUCUACUCGGAGCAGUUGUUGCAAGCGGUGAUGUCUUGCCUGAACGACGGCAAUGACGAUAUCGUCAUUUCGGCCGCCGAUGCAUUGUCGCCUGUCGUCGAGCCGUUCAUCAAUUCGAUGCCGUCCUUAGCCGAGUUCCUUACCUCCAAAUGCUGGCAGAUGUUGCCCAAAUUCUUGUCGAACACCGUCGACGUGUCGGCUAAGGGUCUCUUGCAGAUUCUGCUGCAUAGUAACUUAGAAACCGUCGACUGCAAAUUGCUCAUCACCCUGUUUCGGCUAAUCGACCACGACAUCGCCGAAAUCCGUCAUCUGUUCCUCAAACUCAUCCUAAAGGUAGUGUCCAGUGGUGUGCUGCCGUCGCCUUUGUCCGAUGCGUUCCUGGUGGCUUUAAUGCCGGCACUGUUCACGCGCAACAUGGUCGAGACUGAGCCGGACAUCUGCCGUGACAUCGACGCUCUGUGGACGAUACUGGUAGACUGCAGCGAUCAGCUGAUCCUUGUCAAGUUCAUAUGUCCGAUGCUCGGCUACUGGGUGUCUUGCCUGAUGGUCUCAGAAAAGAACCCGGUGCUGAACAAAGACUACUUCCGGCUGCCCGUUGAAAUCUACCUCGGAAGCGAUGUCAUCCUUUCGUUCUCUGAACGCCAACGCACCGUCAUCGUUAAUCGCGUCCGGCUACGGUCAGCGAAGCUUCUGGCAUCACUGAUGAAAAUCGUGCUUCGGUGUCGCCUGCCCCUUGAGCCAGACAGCACAGAGUCACCAGCCCAAAGUCUUGUUUCGCUACUCGUCUUCCACCUCAGCUCGAGAUCGGUUAACCAGCUGAUCGUCAUCUGUAUGCUGCUCUGCGAACUGGCGAAGAUGAGUGUCGAGAGUGACGCGAACAGCGACGAUCAGUUGCUGGCGGUCGACGGCAUGGACACGAUCAAGCAACGGUUGGUGUCUUUUCUGAUGGACGUGGGAGCGGUGUACGAAGAGACUUUGUUGUGCAUGUCAGAGGUGAACUCGUUGUGUUCUGAGUUCUCACGUUUUUGCGGCGAGACUUUUCGUAACGCGUGCCCUGGCCACCUGAAGCUUUCUCCGCGGUCGUUCGUCAAUCCCGACGAAGCCAAAAAGUAUUGCACUGACCUGAUCAACGAGAUGAAUGAUGGUGGUCGGUUGUCAGUCGACGAAACCCGUCGUCUGCGUGAUCGUUAUAAAGCAGUAGUUCAGAAGCUGAACGUCAUCUCAGAGGACAUCGUUCGCAUCCAAUUGUGGCUACGUGUGUGGCUAUGCUGUGCGACGAUUCGCCUGCAUCAUCUGCCAAACACAUUCAAUCCUGUGGUCAGACCGAUCAUGGAGUUGAUCAAGAGCGACAGCUGCGACGACGUUCUUCUACCUCAAGUCGCCAGUUGUUUAUGUCUUUUCCUCGAAUUCGUUUCUACCUCCAGUCCAUGUCCAAACCCAAAGAUCAUCAAAAAUUUGAUGUCGUCGCAUGGCCAGUACGUUACCGACACCGUCCAUGGCGAGCAGUCGUGUCAGUGGUCAUGCGUCAUGUUCCUCGCCUCCAAUGGCCAUCAUGUUGCACCGAAUGUCGACGACUCUGAUGCUACAUCUCCUCUUCCUACCGUCUCUUCCAACACAACGCACACGCUAGAAACCGUUUUGCCCGAUCUUCACUGUACUCUGCGGCAGGGCAUAACUCGGCCGCAUUUGAAGACGCUGUGUUCCCUGCUGGAGACCAAUGACUGUCGCGUCCGUCACCUUUCCGCCCGCUGCGUUGCUGCGUUCGCCGCCGCAGACCUCACGUCGACGGUGAACAUCGUUUUGCCCCCGUGUCUGACGCGUUUAACGACGUGCGUCGACGAACUCUUUCCUCGCCUUGGCAUCGUGGAAAUGAUUGCCUGCCUAGUGACCAGAAUCGACAUUGGCCUAAAGGGUUUGAUCCAUAUCCUGGCUUCCGCUGUCUUUUCGCUGAUGACGGACUCGGUGCCUUCACUUAGGAAUUGCGCGUCCCACUGUUUUCGUCAUCUGAUCAGGAUCAUGCCUUUGGAUUCGUGCGACGGGACGAUCGACGGACUAUGUACGGAGCUGGAAGUGUUGAGGACUGAGCGCGUCGAGUUCUUCCACCUGCUCACCUGUCCAUCGAAACUGCCGCCAGUGCACAUACCAUCUACGAGCGUCGAUCUGCGCCCCUACCAGAAGGAAGGCGUCAAGUGGUUGUCGUUCUUGAUCAAGUACAACUUGCACGGCAUUUUGUGCGACGACAUGGGCUUGGGUAAGACUCUUCAGGCGUUGUGCAUCAUGGCGACGGCCCACGCGCACAUCGCAUCGUCGCGUGUCACCACUGACGCCCUUCGUCACCCCGUCAAGUCGUUGGUACUCUGUCCCCGGACGCUGACCUCCCAUUGGGCGAACGAGGUGCGAAAAUUCUUCUGCCAAGGAAAAGUGCUGGUCGCGUCGGUGAUCGAAAAUACGGACGCCUUGGUAAACGGAUGGUUUCAUUCGAAUUUUUAA